UUGUAGAGGCAAAACCUCCAUCCUGGUUUUCCACAAACAAAUUGGGUGAAUCUCUACCACGCGAUUGUCCACACCAUUCUUACGCAAAACGACAAUUAGUUUUUUCCGUUAGCGGCGGAGAAUUCGGCAACCUUUUUACUCAGAUUUAAGUUCAUCAAAGUCUGUGGUUGACACAGCAUCAUGUCCUCUGCUGCUCCUGAGAUUCCUGACGAUAAUCAAAGUGAUAUCGGGCAAAGCGAAAAGGAUGGUCAGAUUCCGUCCCCACCUCCUGCAACUGCAAAUGGCGUAUCUCAUCCUUCAAACGUCCAAUACCCAACAUUGGGGCAAGUGGCUUAUCCUUAUCCAGACCCAUACUACAGGGGUCUGUUCCCUCCCUAUGAAGCACAACCAUAUCCAACUCACCCGUAUCCGGUGCAACCUAUGGUACACCUUCAGUUGAUGGGAAUUCAGCAAGGUGGUGUUCCUCUCCCAUCAGAUGCAGUUGAGGAGCCGGUUUUUGUUAACGCUAAACAAUAUCAUGGCAUCUUGAGGCGGAGACAAUGUCGUGCAAAAGCUGAAUCUGAAAAUAAAGCUCGCAAGUCUAGAAAGCCAUACUUGCAUGAAUCACGACAUUUGCAUGCACUGAGAAGAAGCCGAGGGUGUGGUGGUCGAUUUGAGAAAAAAGAUAAGCAACAAACGGAGGGUUCUGAUGACAAUUCUCAGGUGAAAAAUAUCAAUCUCAACUCAGAUAAAAUCUAGAAAAUUACUUCAAAAAUUAUUCAAGCUUUUCUGCAGAAUCUGGUGUAUAGUCUAGUCAAGGUUGGCGCUUUCUAGUUUUCUAGUUUUCGUGUUGUGUUUUCGUCGUCUUUCAUACCCUCGAUCGGUUUUUGCUUUUGUUGAACUCAAGUUGUAUUCCGAAGUAGCAAGGCGGUAUUUUUUUUUGUAUUUUGAUUAUGUUGAUGUUAUGGCUGAUAUAUUGAAUAAGUUGUGGUAUCUUUGUACACCUAUCAAUGUAUUGAGUGGCCUUUUCUUUCAUGGUUGAAGCUAGAAACAGAAUUUUGGCUGGUGCACUAGUGACUAGAUGAUCAUACCCUAGUCCACCAUCAUUUGAAUUAUUUAGAAUGUUGUAAAUUUUCUUUCAUGGACAGAUGUACAAUUAAUUGUAUGGCUUUAUAAAAGUUCCUUAU